CUCUCUCACCACUCAAAACCACAACUUUGUCACACUUUGUUUCUUCAGCUCCCUAUACUUUCUCACUUCACCUCAACAUUAUAUUUUUUUGCUUCAACAAGCAAAUUAAACCCAACCCACAACACCAUUACACAACCCAAUUGCUUCCAUGGAGGCACACGAAGAGUUUUUCUCUCCACAAUUCCCCUCCGACACCACCACCACCACCAACAUUAACAACGCCACCGCUGCUGCCGCCGACCAAUUCAUCGUGGAGGACCUCUUCGACUUCUCCAAUGAUGAUGCCACCUUCGAUGACUCUCUCCCUGCCAACUCCACCGAGGGUUCUCCUCCCCCUCUUGACUCCACCACCACCACCACCACCACCACCACCAAUUCCAAUUUCCUCCACGACAUUUCCCCCCGGAAUUCCGCCGACGGCAAUUUCUCCGGCGACCUCUCCGUCCCGUAUGAUGAACUUGCGGAGCUGGAAUGGCUAUCCAAAUUUGCCGAGGAAUCAUUUUCAAGUGAGGACUUGCAGAAGAUGCAACUGAUAUCUGGAAUGAAAGUGCCAAAUGAUGCAGCAUCGCAGACCCAUGAUGAGCCCACCGGCCCACUCUUCAGCCCGCCCGUGUCGGUUCCUGCAAAAGCCCGCAGCAAGCGGUCUCGUGGCCCACCCUGCAACUGGACUUCACGCUUACUUGUCCUUUCUCCAUCCACCACUCCAACAUCCUCCUCCGCCUCUGACUCUGACACCACUGCCGCCCCCGCCCUCGUGCCGACGGCGGUGAAAAAGCCCGCCGCACUGAGAAAGAGGGAUGCUGACGUAGGCGAUGGCCGUAGGUGUCUGCAUUGCGCUACAGACAAGACCCCACAGUGGCGAACUGGGCCCAUGGGCCCGAAGACGCUGUGUAAUGCUUGCGGCGUCAGGUACAAGUCAGGCCGCCUCGUGCCUGAAUACAGGCCCGCAGCGAGCCCGACUUUUAUGCUGACGAAGCACUCCAACUCGCACCGCAAGGUGCUCGAGCUGCGGCGCCAGAAGGAGAUGAUGAAGGCUCAGCAGCAACAAUUGCUCCAAAUGCAACAUCACCAGAGCAUGAUGUUUGAUGCGUCAUCCAACGGUGACGAUUACCUGAUCCAUCAACACGUGGCGGGCCCUGAUUUCUCGCACCUAAUCUAAUACGGUGGAGCUUCGGGUAUUUUGUAGCUACAGAGCUCCAUCACUUUUUUCCCACCUAAUUUUGCUAGGGGUUUAUUUUCUUCUACAUGACUCUAAUUUUUUUUGAGUUUUAUGUUAUUCGUAGCUACAUACACUGCUCUAAUUAAUGUUUCUUCAAGUCAUUAUUUAACAGACUUGAAAGGUCACAACUCAAAAUUUUCUUAAUGCAGUUCUUUUUUCUUA